AUGUCGAUAGCAUCACAUCUCUUUCAAUCCAUAUUUCAUCCUUCUGAAAUUACAGCUCUUGUCAAAUAUAAAUUUUUUAAGCCUAAAGCUACAGUGAAAAUUAGACUAGAACAAAAGCAAAAGAUACGUUGUUAUGAGUUUCUGGAUAAAACUUCUCGUUCAUUUGCUGCUGUAAUUAAAGAACUGGAUGAUGAUGUGAGAGAUGCUGUUUGUAUUUUUUAUCUCGUUCUUCGUGGUCUUGAUACCAUCGAAGACGAUAUGUCAAUCUCUAUUGAAAAAAAAGAACCUUUAUUGAGAUCUUUUCAUGAAAUUCUUUCUCAAAAAGGAUGGACUUUUACUAAAAGUGGUCCCCUUGAAAAAGAUCGUCAAUUACUCGUUGAAUUUGAUAUUGUGAUCGAUGAAUUUUUGUCUUUGAGGAAGGAGUUUCGCGAUAUUAUCGCUGAUAUAGCUAAAGAAAUGGGAAAUGGCAUGGCCGAUUACGCAAAAAAUGCUGCGCACAAUAAAUAUGGGGUUCAGAACAAUGAAGAAUAUGAUAAAUAUUGUUAUUAUGUUGCCGGUUUGGUUGGUGUUGGCCUUACCUGUUUAUUUGCUGAAAGUGGUCUGGAAAAUCCGGAACUCGUAAAAGAUACUGAAUUGUCAAUUCACAUGGGUUUGUUUUUACAAAAAACAAACAUAAUUCGCGAUUAUUUAGAAGAUCUUCUUGAUGGACGUAAAUUUUGGCCAAAAGAAAUUUGGUCAAAUUAUGUCGAAGAUUUUUCAGAUCUUAAAGAGUCUGGUUAUGAAACUGAGGCUCUUAAUUGUCUUUCAGCCAUCAUUCUUAAUGCUCUUCAUCAUGCUCCAGAAUGUUUAAAUUAUUUGAAUAAACUUCACAAUAGAUCUGUUUUUAGUUUUUGUGCCAUUCCACAGGUGAUGGCAAUUGCAACUUUGGCUUUAAUGUUUAGAAAUUAUGACACAUUCCAAAAAGUUGUCAAAAUUAGAAGGGGAGAAUCUACUAAGUUAUUACUAAAGUGCACAAAUAUUCAUGAAGUUGCAAAUAUCUUUCGUGAGUAUUCUAGAGUAAUCAUCCGUAAAAAUGAUCCUAAAGACCCUAAUUUUAUGAAGAUUAGUGUGGCUUGUGGGAAGAUUGAAAAAUGGUGUGCUGUCAAUCUUCCAGUUACAGAUAUCUACCCAUAUUCUACAACUAUUAAAGGAGACUUAUUUAAUCAAGAAACCGACAUAUUAUUAUUUAUUGGGUUUGGUUUAUUGGCACUCACAGCUUAUCUAUUGUAUUAUUAUAAUUGGGAACAUUUUAGUUUUGAUGAAUUAAAAAUAUCGAAUAUUUUUGAUGCUUAA